AUGGCGCGCGUUUACGCAGAUGUUAACCAGCAGAUGCCACGGUCCUAUUGGGAUUAUGACAGCGUAAACAUCACUUGGGGGGUCUUGGAGAACUACGAGGUGGUGCGCAAGAUUGGACGAGGGAAAUAUUCAGAAGUCUUCGAGGGCAUCAAUGUUGUCAACUACCAAAAGUGUGUUAUCAAGGUGCUGAAGCCGGUCAAGAAGAAGAAGAUAAAGCGGGAGAUCAAGAUCUUGCAGAAUUUAUCUGGUGGACCCAAUAUUGUCGCACUUCUGGAUGUGGUUCGAGACAGUCAAGUAAAUCUCUCUCCUUCUUCAAAUCAUUUCGGCAUUGUACCCAAAGCUGGGAAGGGUAAAACUGGAGCCGAUGGAUUCGUUCCUUCCGAUCAAGAAACAGACGACUCAUACAUGAUGCAGAGCAAAACUCCUUCCCUCAUAUUCGAAUUCGUCAACAAUACCGAUUUCCGGAGUUUGUACCCAAAAUUUGUUGACUACGACGUCCGAUACUACAUUUAUGAGCUCCUAAAGUUGAGAUUGAUUGAUUGGGGUCUUGCUGAGUUCUAUCACCAAGGCACAGAAUACAACGUUCGUGUCGCCUCAAGGUAUUUUAAAGGACCUGAACUACUGGUGGAUUUCCAGGAGUACGACUACUCUCUUGAUAUGUGGUCUCUGGGCGCUAUGUUUGCGUCAAUGAUCUUUCGAAAGGAGCCAUUUUUCCACGGAAACAGCAACUCUGAUCAACUCGUGAAAAUCGCCAAAGUUCUUGGUACUGAAGAUUUGUUUGAUUAUCUCGACAAGUACGAGAUUGAAUUGGAUGCCCAAUACGACGACAUCUUGGGCAGAUUUCAGAAGAAGAGCUGGCACAGUUUCGUCAAUAGUGAAAAUCAAAGGUUUGUGACGAAUGAGGCCAUUGAUUUCUUGGACAAACUGCUACGAUACGAUCACCAGGAGCGCUUAACUGCCAAAGAGGCCAUGGCACAUCAGUAUUUUGCACCAGUUCGACAAGACGAAUCAGCUGGACGCAUCCCCGCAAGCAAUUCAAACGCCGCCGCAAUCUGA